AUGAGUAAACGCAAAGGAGAAGAAAUAAUAAAUGUUGAUUUUGAUUUUUUUGAUCCGAAAGAUAGUGAUUUUCAUUCAAUAAAAACUUUGUUAAAACAAUUGUUUUCUUCAGAUUCAGAGUUGUUUGAGUUGAGUGAAUUAACAGAAUUAAUUGUAAAUCAACCAUCAGUAGGCACAACUGUUAAAGUGGAUGGAAGUGACUCUGAUCCUUUUGCAUUUCUAACUGUAUUAAAAUAUCAAUGA